GACACCUUUGCCUCGUCCAUCUGUCUCGCUAAUCUCCUCGAAGGCACGCAGAAACUCCAAAACUUCGCCUACGCCUACCCGGAACGCAACCGCGUCUUCGGGGGCGCCGCCCACAAUGACACGCUCAACUACAUUUACAACGAACUCCAGGCGACAGGGGCCUACGAGCUCCAGCGCCAACCGCAAAUCCAUACUUGGACGACGAGCAACCAAUCCCUCACCACUGCUGGGGAUGGCAGGUCGAUCCCCGCGCACAGCAUGACCCACAGCCCCAACACGAACGUGACCGCCGACCUGGGCCUCGUGGCGCAGCUCGGCUGCAGCCCCGACGACUACGAUGCCUCCAGCAGCAGCGGCAAGAUUCUCCUCGCGCGACGAGGCGGGUGCUCCUUCGGCCAGAAGGCUCACCUGGCGGCGCGCGCCCACGCCGCCGGCCUGAUCAUCUACAACAACGUCGCCGGCCCGCUGCGCGGCACGCUGGGCAACAACCCUAACAUCACAACAAUUCCCACCCUCGGCAUCAGCCUCCUCGAUGGUCAACGCCUGCAGCGCGCCAUCACCCCGAACGCCACCUCCUCCAACACCACCACUUCCAUCCCCGCCCUCCGCCUGACCCUCUACAUCCACACCGAAUCCACCCCGCGCCUCACCUACAACCUCAUCGCCCAGUCCCGAACCGGGAACCGCGCAAACACAAUCGCCAUCGGCAGCCACACCGACUCCGUCAACGCCGGGCCCGGCAUCAACGACAACGGCUCCGGCACCAUCGGCGCCCUCGCCAUCGCCAAAGCCCUCGCCGCACAGAUCCACGCCCAGCAACUCCCACUCCACCAGACCGUGCGCUUCCUCUUCUUCACCGCCGAGGAAUUCGGCCGGCUGGGCAGUGAGGCCUACGUCCGCAGCCUCCCCGCCGCCAACCUCUCCCAGAUCCGACUGUACUUGAAUCUCGACAUGAUCGCCAGCCCGAACUACGCGUUCAUGAUCUACGACGGGGGUGGGACGCGGUUUAACGUCUCCGGGCCGCCGGGUUCGGGCCAUAUCCAGCGCACUUUUGAACAGUACUUUGAGAGGCAGAAUGUCUCGUACGCGGCCGCCCCGUUGACGGGCCGCUCGGAUUAUCGGGCGUUUGUGCGCCAUGGGGUUCCGGUGGGGGGGCUGUUUACCGGGGCGGAGGGAGUGAAGACGCAGCGCGAGGCGGAGGUGUUUGGCGGAAGGAUGGGGGUGGCGUAUGAUCCGAAUUAUCAUGGGGCGGGGGAUACGGUGGGGAAUCUGCAUCACGGGGCGUUUUUGAUGAAUGUGAGGUCGGCGGCCGCUGUGGUGGCGAGAUAUGCGGGGGAUUUGGAGGGGAUUCCGGUGCGGGAGGUGGGGGGGAAUGCCUCGGUGGUGCAGGAGGGGGUUUCUGGGGGGAAAAUGGGAGAUGUGGUGGUUGCGUAG